GAGUACCAGGCUGUCGAGGCUGGGUCAUCUCCUCCUCACUUCCAUUCCGACUGCAGUCUGUGCUUGCGAUCCAUAGCGGAGGGGCUCAGAAUGCUGUUGCUGGGAGCUGUUCUACUGCUAUUAGCUUUGCCCAUUCAUGGCCAGGAUACCACAGAGGAAGAGCCCGGAGUCCUGCUUCCUCCACCCAAGGGGGCCUGCACAGGUUGGAUAGCGGGCAUCCCAGGGCAUCCAGGCCAUAAUGGGACCCCAGGCCGUGAUGGCAGAGAUGGCACCCCUGGCGAGAAGGGUGAGAAAGGAGAUCCAGGUCUUAUUGGUCCUAAGGGAGACACCGGUGAAACUGGUGUAACUGGGACCGAAGGUCCUCGAGGCUUUCCAGGAAUGCAAGGCAGAAAAGGAGAACCUGGAGAAAGUGCGUAUGUAUACCGCUCAGCAUUCAGUGUGGGAUUGGAGACCCGGGUUACUGUCCCCAAUGUGCCCAUUCGCUUUACCAAGAUCUUCUACAAUCUGCAAAGCCACUAUGAUGGCUCCACUGGAAAGUUCCACUGCAACAUUCCUGGGCUGUACUACUUCUCUUACCACAUCACAGUCUAUAUGAAGGAUGUGAAGGUCAGCCUCUUCAAGAAGGACAAAGCUAUGCUCUUCACCUAUGACCAGUACCAGGACAAGAAUGUGGACCAGGCCUCUGGCUCGGUACUCCUGCAUCUGGAGGUGGGCGACCAAGUCUGGCUCCAGGUGUAUGGGGAAGGAGAGCAUAAUGGACUCUAUGCUGAUAAUGUCAAUGACUCCACCUUCACAGGGUUUCUUCUUUACCAUGACACCAACUGAAUCCACUAACUCAGAGCCUCCUCCAGGCCAAACAGCCCCAAAGUCAAUUAAAGGCUUUCCGUACAGUUAGGAGAUUGAUUAUUAUUUAGUCGAAGGCCUUUGAAUAUUAUUCAUUCAUUUACUCAUUCGUUUGUUCAUUCAUUCAUCAAGUAACUUAAAAAAAAUCAUAUGCUAUGUUCCCAGUCCUGGAGAGCUUCACAAACAUGACCAGAUAACUGAUGAGAAAGAAGUAGUUGACAAUGCUGUUUUGUGCCCACUGUCUCUCCCGAUGCUCAUGUCAAUUCUGUAAGGCACUGGGAACAAGCAUUCUCCUGGUUUUACAGAUUGGGUUGAGGCUGAGAGAGUUAAGUGAAUGUCUCAGGUCACACAAGUAUUAAGUGACAGUGCUAGAAAUCAAACCCAGAGCUGUGGACUUUGCUCACUAGACUGUGCCCUAUUGUAGAAGUACAUGGUCUCUCUGGAGUGUUGGUAGCUGCCUGUUGCCCACCUCACCUGAGAGCCAUUGAAUUUGCCUUUCUCAUGAAUUGAAACAUCCCCCAAGCAGAGCUCCCUCAGAGAAAGUGGUUGUGAUGAAGUCUUGUCCUAGAAGGACUGCUACUCAAUGGCCCCUGCGCUAGUCUAUUUCCUCUUACCUGUGUCCCUUAUGCUCUUCCCUCCAACUUGGAAAGCCAACUGCAUCUCAACGUGCUGAACUCCUCCUUGCUCCUCAAGACCACCUGGCCAGGA